CUCGGUUCUGCGACUUGGUCGCCCGAAGCACGCGGAUUUGGAGAGUGGCCUUCUUGGAACUUUCCAGAGGGAACCGCAUGAGACCCCAUCGGACGGCGCAGAUCUCGCUCUCCUGGUAAAAAAAAAAAAAAGGAUAAAAAAUACAAUUUUUCUGUCUCCCUUCGUUCCCCUUCGUGAUAAAAUAGGCGGAGAAUGGGAGGCAGAGAGGCGGAGAUUUCCGAGCGAGAGAUCUCGUCUUAAUCUUAUUCUUCCAAGGAAUUCCCCAACCGCAGUUUCGGAAUCUCUCUGCUAACCUGAAGAAUGGGUGAAUUGGGUCUUGCCAUUGCAAAGGAUGUCACUGAAUUGAUUGGUAAAACCCCAUUAGUUUAUCUGAACAAUGUUGUGAAUGGCUGUGGAGCUCGCAUUGCUGCUAAGCUCGAGAUGAUGGAGCCGUGCUCCAGCGUUAAGGAUAGGAUUGGAUAUAGCAUGAUUGCUGAUGCAGAGGAGAAAGGCCUCAUCACCCCUGGAAAGAGUGUCCUGAUUGAGCCUACAAGUGGUAACACUGGCAUAGGGCUGGCUUUCAUGGCUGCUGCAAAGGGUUACAAGCUCGUCCUUACCAUGCCAGCCUCCAUGAGCCUUGAGAGAAGAAUCAUUCUUAAAGCUUUUGGUGCUGAAUUGGUCCUCACUGAUCCAGUUUUGGGCAUGAAGGGUGCUGUUCAGAAGGCUGAGGAGCUGGCUGCAAAGACACCAAAUUCAUAUGUUCUUCAACAGUUUGAAAAUCCUUCUAACCCGAAGAUUCAUUAUGAGACAACUGGGCCAGAGAUUUGGAAGGGGACUUCUGGCAAGGUGGAUAUCCUUAUCUCCGGUAUUGGAACAGGCGGUACAAUUACUGGAACUGGGAAGUACCUCAAGGAGAAAAACCCUGAGAUUAAGCUAUGUGGCGUGGAACCAACUGAAAGUGCAGUUUUGUCUGGAGGAAAGCCUGGUCCACAUAAGAUCCAAGGUAUCGGAGCUGGUUUUAUUCCUGGAGUUUUGGAUGUUGAUCUCGUUGAUGAAGUUAUACAAGUCUCAAGUGAUGAGGCUAUUGAAAUGGCAAAGCUUCUUGCCUUGAAAGAAGGGCUGUUGGUUGGAAUAUCAUCUGGGGCUGCUGCAGUUGCUGCUAUAAGGGUUGCACAGAGGCCGGAGAAUGAGGGAAAACUAAUUGUUGUUGUUUUCCCUAGCUUUGGUGAACGUUAUCUCUCCUCAGUGCUCUACCAGUCGAUAAAAAAGGAGGCUGAGAGUAUGGUUUUUGAGCCUUAAAAGAUUGAUGUUUUUUGUUGAGCUCCAAAUCAGUAACCUUCAUGUGAGAUACUGAAGGCCUUCAUGUGCUAAACAAUAUUAGAAUAAAAAGCAUGUAUGGGUGCGCUUUAGAUCGAAUCGCAAACAUUGUAAAUGAAGAAUCUGGGGUGCUUGCAUUUCUGUUUAUUUGACUAAAUGCAAUUGUAGCGAGUAUGAGCCAACUCUCGAGUUUCUAUAAUGGAGAAAAUGUGCUUGUGACAUUUCUUUUCUA